AUGGAAGUAAGAUGGACUGUGUGGUGUUUUUUCUUUAUGCAAGAACACUGGAACUAUUUUGGGGCAGAUGAGAACCUUGGUCCAGUAGCUGUGAGUAUAAGAAGAGAGAAGCCAGAGGAAAUCAAAGAAAACGGACCUCAGUACAACUACCGGAUCAUCUUCAGAACCAGUGAGCUUAUGACAUUAAGAGGCUCUGUGCUGGAAGAUGCCAUCCCUUCAACUGCAAAGCAUUGCACAGCCAGGGGACUUCCCCUAAAAGAAGUGCUUGAGUAUGUGGUUCCUGAGCUGAAUAUCCAUUGCCUGCGGCUGGCUUUCAACACCCCGAAAGUCACAGAACAGCUUAUGAAGCUGGAUGAACAAGGGUUAAGUUACCAGCUUAAGGUGGGUAUCAUGUACUGCAAAGCCGGGCAGAGCACAGAAGAGGAAAUGUAUAAUAACGAGUCAGCAGGUCCAGCCUUUGAAGAGUUUCUUCAGCUCUUGGGAGAACGAGUUCGACUCAAGGGAUUUGAAAAGUAUCGUGCUCAGCUGGAUACAAAAACUGAUUCAACAGGUACUCACUCUCUAUACACAACAUACAAGGACUAUGAAAUCAUGUUCCACGUUUCUACCAUGUUGCCAUACACUCCAAACAACAAGCAACAGCUUCUGAGAAAACGACAUAUUGGAAAUGAUAUUGUGACAAUAGUUUUCCAGGAGCCUGGAGCACAACCAUUCAGCCCAAAGAAUAUUCGAUCCCACUUCCAGCACGUCUUUGUCAUUGUACGAGUGCAUGGUCCCUGUACUGACAGCGUUUGUUACAGUGUUGCUGUGACAAGAUCUAGAGAUGUACCAUCCUUUGGGCCACCUAUUCCAAAAGGUGUCACAUUUCCAAAAUCAAACGUUUUCAGGGACUUCUUACUAGCCAAAGUCAUUAAUGCAGAGAACGCUGCUCACAAAUCAGAAAAGUUUCGUGCGAUGGCCACCAGGACCCGUCAAGAGUACCUGAAAGACUUGGCAGAGAAGAAUGUCACCAACACACCUAUUGACCCUUCUGGCAAGUUCCCCUUCAUCUCACUUGCUUCAAAAAAGAAAGAAAAGUCCAAGCCUUAUCCAGGAGCAGAAAUCUAUAGUUCUGGUGCUAUUGUGUGGAGCGUCCAUGCAAAAGACUACAGCAAGGGUAUGGAAAUAGACUGUCUCCUAGGCAUCUCUAACGAGUUUGUAGUCCUCAUUGAGCAGGACACAAAAAGCGUGGUAUUCAAUUGCUCCUGCCGAGAUGUGAUAGGGUGGACUUCAACGGACACAAAUAUCAAAAUAUUCUAUGAGAGAGGUGAAUGUGUUUCUUUGGAGAGCUUCAUCAGCAACAUUGAUGAUAUCAAAGAGAUCGUCAAAAGGCUGGAGCUUGUGACUAAGGGCUGUGAAACGGUGGAGAUGACUCUGCGUAGGAAUGGUCUGGGCCAGCUUGGUUUCCACGUGAACUACGAAGGCAUUGUGGCAGAUGUGGAGCCCUACGGCUACGCCUGGCAGGCAGGACUGCGACAAGGCAGCCGGCUGGUGGAAAUCUGUAAGGUGGCUGUAGCCACCCUGAGCCACGAGCAAAUGAUUGAUCUGCUGAGAACAUCGGUAACAGUGAAGGUCGUCAUCGUCCCUCCGUAUGAGGACUGCACGCCACGCAGGAGUUCUUCAGAAAACUACCGUAUGCCAGUGAUGGAAUACAAAGUGAAUGAAGGAAUGUCGUACGAAUUCAAAUUUCCCUUCAGAAAUAACAACAAAUGGCAGCGAAAUGCAGGCAAAGGACAGGGACCUCAUAUGGCUCAGGUACCAUCCCAAAUGCAAAGUCCAGUACCAUCGAGGAUUGGCUCUGGGAAAGGAGAAGGGAAAAUGCCACCUCCAGAACGAGCAGCCAACAUCCCCCGAAGCAUCUCUAGUGAUGGGCGCCCGUUGGAGAGCCGUAGGUUGUCUCCCGGUUCCGAUGUCUACGUCACGGUUUCAUCCAUCGCCUUAGCGAGGUCGCAACAGUGCCGUAACUCUCCAAGCAACUUAUCAUCCUCAAGUGAGACUGGCUCUGGUGGGGGCACAUACAGACAAAAAUCUAUGCCAGAAGGGUUUGGAAUUAGCCGUAGAUCCCCUGCUUCCAUUGACAGGCAGAACACGCAAUCAGAUACGGGUGGUAGCGGCAAAUCCACACCCAGCUGGCAAAGAAGUGAGGAUAGUAUCGCUGACCAGAUGGAACCAACAUGCCAUCUCCCAGCAGUGUCAAAAGUCCUGCCAUCCUUCAGAGAGAGCCCCAGUGGAAGACUGAUGAGACAGGAUCCUGUGGUUCACUUGUCUCCAAAUAAGCAGGGUCAUUCUGACAGCCACUACUCCAGCCAUUCCAGCAGCAAUACUCUCUCCAGCAAUGCCUCCAGUGCUCACAGCGAUGAGAAAUGGUAUGACAGCGGAGAGCGCACCGAAUCCGAGCUGAACAGCUACAACUACCUUCAAGGAACAUCAGCUGAUAGUGGCAUAGAUACCACUUCCUACGGACCUAGCCAUGGCAGCACUGCCUCCCUGGGAGCAGCAACAUCUCCCCGAACAGGGCUCGCAAAGGAGAAGGUGGCACCACUGUGGCACAGCUCCAGUGAAGUGGUCUCCAUUGCAGACAGGACAUUAGAAAAAGAGAGCCACAUGGACCGAAAGACCGAGUCUUCACUGAGUCUGGAUAUUCACAGCAAGAGUCAACCAGCCUCCAAUCCUCUAACGAGGGAGAACAGCGCUUACAGUCUUAGUGAUGCUGUCUCGCAUACAAG